AUGGGCCUUUCAAACACUAUUGCCACGCUGCCUGGCAUAGUCAGCCCUCCGCUAGCUGGAUCUAUUGUCACUGAUAAGACGGCUGAACAGUGGCGCAUAGUGUGCUUCAUUUCGAGCGCGAUAUAUCUUGUUGGCGCAAUAAUAUACUAUAUUUUCUGCUCUGCUGAACAACAGCCUUGGGUAGUGGAAUUCGAUAACGAUCCCAGCUUCGACACGGACGCAGCAUCCGUUACAACGACUAGGGGUUACGAUAAUAAGGCUUUAGAUCAUAACUCGGAGAUGUAA